AUGCCACCACACAAAUCGAUGAAUAUGAAGUUAACUGAUGCGGAUCGUACAAUUAUCCUUCGACGUUGUAUCAAAAUUCUUCUUCAUGAAAUCGGUCAUCUUUUUGGUCUGAAACAUUGCAUUUAUUAUCUAUGUCUAAUGAAUGGUGCAAACAAUCAAAUUGAAAUGGAUCAACAACCACUUUUUGUCUGUCCAGUUUGUUUACGUAAAUUACAAUCAUCUCUAAAGUUCAAUAUUGAACAAAUGUACAGAAAAUUUUCAGAUUUAUGUGAAAGAUAUAAUCUUGAUUUCGAACGCGAUUGGUAUCGAAAACGACUUGAUUGUAUAUCAAUUUAA